GGUGCUAAGCAAUAUGUAAAGCCAAAUUGUGUCAAUAGUAUCCGUCCAUCUCUGCAAGGAAGCUCUAAGGUUUCUGAAAGUAAGUCCAGCAGGAUUUUUCUGACCUUGGUCAUAUUUUCCAUCAUCUCCUUUCUGCAAGCAAGAGCCUUGACAUUCAUAAUAUUCAUAGCUUAGUCUACUAAAAGAGAGGUCUGACUCGCUCAUCUCUAACGGAUACAUAGCAGUCACUUCUAGUUAUAUGAUCAAAUGAGAUGACUGAUAGGGCGAAGUAUGUAUGACAGUAUCAUCUGGCCAUUCUGGUGUCAAGAGACCAAAGUCAAGACAAAAGAUCUCAGUCCCAAUUAUUUUGGUGUCUACUAUAAGAAUCCUCACUACUCGUAUUGCUCCAAAUAAACUCAUCUCAAAUUAUACCUAGUGUUCAAUAAGGAAAAUCACACAAUGACAAUAAAAAGUACCACUCCUGAAAACAUAGGAACUAGUGUAUGCUAUGUAAAAUAUCUAUAUGUAUAUUCAAUUUUGCUUUGGAUCAAAUUAAUUCUAAUGCUAAAACAAAAGGCAGUCCGGUAGGUACACUAAAGUCCUCACUCCCUGCAAAUCUACACGGAGAGUGAGGACUUUCAGCUGAAUUUGAGGGUGAAUGAAGAAUCUUUAAUUCUAGACAUGUCACUAUAGUUGAAAAUUUCUCUAAAACAUAUUUAAAUACGUUAUUAAUAUUAAAUGAGAAUCUUAUAAAAUGAAAUAGGUUUUUCUUAUUAGCUAUGUGAUUUAGUGGAGUGUUCCAACCUUCAUUAUUCGAGUUCUGAAUACCAAUUUUUGACCAUCCGCCCCAAUUUGCCGCACCCAGUGCAGCGUCGAAACUCCACCGCCUAUGAUUCCCAAUUUUAUAUAUAUAAAAAAAAAUUACUCUCAUAUUCUUACAAACAAUUUUAUUCCAUUUUAAGCAAAGUUCCAUUCUUGAGUACAAAGAUAUCUUCUUUUUCUUCAUUCUCGCACUUUUGGGUGAGGCUGUUAUUGUGGGUGCAUUGAAAUUGAUGGCUAAUCGAUCUCUGAAGCGUUUUCUCAACAACAUAGAAUUCAGUAGUGGUAUCUCAAGGAAACAUGUCUCCAACCAGAGAUCUGUCUACAACAUUCUUAACCGGUGCCAGUCAAAUUAUUCAAACACAGAUGGUCAUAAGCCUGAAGAGAAGAGCAUAAGCAAUGGUCGAGAGCGCAGUAAAUAUGAUAUUGACGAUGGCGAUUUUCAUGAUAAUAAGUGGAAACUUGAGCUUGAUUGGCUCUCUAAAGCUGUUGAACCUGCGGUCCAACUCUGCAGAUGGGCUUUGUCAACAGGAAAUGGAAAUGGAGACAAACUUCCACCGACCAAUAAAUCUCUUGCAGAGAUAUUUGCCAGCAUUCAACGUAGUAAAUUGGGACUUCAGGAUUGGAGUCUCACUGAUCUUACCAUAGGCCUAUAUCUAAUAUAUCUUCAGCAAGCAUCCACCAGUCCUAUUGAGGAUGUUAAGGGUGAACAGAUAUACUCUGAUUUGAUAGUUCAAGAUCUCAUCUACCACACUGAACUGGCUAAGGGUUCUUAUAAAGAUUGCACUGCAGCACUUUCAAGGAAUUGUAUGCUCCGGGAAAGUAAUGUCAUCAAAUUCAUAAAAAAUUCCAGUGUGUUAAGGCCUGGAUAUUAUAUAGGAAUUGACAAGCGGAAAAAACUUGUAGUUCUUGGGAUACGUGGAACUCAUACAGUAUAUGAUCUUAUAACUGAUAUUGUUUCUUCAAGUCAUGAAGAAAUCACACUCGAGGGUUACUCCACUCACUUCGGAACUUCUGAGGCUGCUCGUUGGUUCCUUACUUAUGAGAUGGGCACCAUAAGGAACUGCCUGGAGAAACACAAGGGAUUUAGGUUAAGGCUUGUUGGUCAUUCCCUUGGAGGUGCAACAGCUUCGUUGCUGGCUAUCAUGCUUCGAAAUAUGUCGGCCCGAGAACUUGGUUUUAGUCCUGAUAUUGUUUCUGCAGUUGGAUAUGCUACGCCACCAUGUGUUUCUAGAGAACUCGCCGAAAGUUGCUCUGAAUAUGUCACAACAGUGGUAAUGCAGGAUGAUAUAAUACCAAGGUUAAGUAUCGCCUCUCUCACAAGGCUUAGGAAUGAAAUUCUUCAAACUAACUGGGUGAGUGUUCUUCAGAAGGAAGACUGGAGAGGUGUCGUAGACUUGUUUACAAAUGCAAAGCAGGUUGUAUCUUCUGUGCAAGAUGUAGCUCGGAGACUUGCUGAUUAUGCUAAAUUACGAGGCCAAACUAAGCACUCUGAGUCUACAGUUCCACGUGUUCCUGAUACCUCCAACUCCAAAGUCAAUACAUCAUCUCUUGUGAGACAGGAAGGCGAAGCUGAGUUGUUUGUCCCCGGAACUCUUUAUAUUUUGAAGAGGAAUGCAAAUGCAAGAAAGGAAGGUAACAGUGUGGAAUGUUUCACACUUUGGAAGAGACACUCGGGGGAGCAUUUUCAGAGGAUACUGCUCUCAAAUAACAUAAUUUCUGCCCACAAGUGUGAUAGCCAUUAUUAUGCGUUGAGGGAUGUUCUUAAAGGUUUGCCUGGUUCUACCGAUGAAGCUGUUUUCUGAUGAAUAAAUUUCACAUAUUUGCUCUUUUUGUGUAAAACAAUGAUCUCAUCAUCCCACGGCUUGUGGGAGGUAGCUAGCUGGUCCCCUUGAGAGUAGUUGAGGUACGUGCAAGCUGACCCUUAUCAAAACAAAGAAAUAAAUAGUGGCAAUGUUAGUUGCUUUACAGGUAGAAAAUACAUUGUCCUCGGAGAUAAAAAUCGUUGUAAUUUUCAGCUUAUACUUUUAUCUUUUCCUGUAGUACCAGGAAAUCUUCCUGUAUUUUCAUUAGUACUUUUUUUAAAACAUGUACUGUUAUACAAGCAUAGCCAAAUGGACAAUCAAGCUAAUUUUUUUGAUGUU